CAUGGCGCAGUACAUUUUUCUGGAAUUGCCCAAGGGGCCUCCGGUUCCCUUGACAAAAGCAACCCCUGGGUUGUGGUACUGGAGAGACGACACCAAAUCUCUGGACUUUGCUAGUGCCUUCCCUGACCCAGAGCCCAAGGAGAAAGUGAAGAAAGGCAAAGCCAUCCACUUUCAGGAUCCAGGUGCUAAAGCGCCUGAUAGACAAACUCCUAGUGUUUUCCGGGAUAUGUUAGUUGCCAGAACUUGUCUCCGGGAUGAUAAAGUGCCUCGGCCUCCAAAGCGAGGGCAGCAGGAGUUGAUUACACUGGAAGAUGUUAAAUAUGCUGCUAUGUUUCUGGCACAUGAGGAUGACGCACCUGACAUCCCUUCCUUCUCAAUAGUUUUGAGGUGUAAGCAGCUGGAUGAAUUCCUUAUGGCUCUGCUAUACUAUAUCAAUUUUUUUUUGGAAAAACUCCAACUGGAGACCAAGCCCACAUGUUUGGGAAAACCCAGUGCCUUAGAAAAGAAAGAAAAGAUGGAGAAUCGAAUCAAGCUGGAAGUGACUAAAAAACACUUUGCCCAAACGUACUGCUCCCUCAUCCUGGGACUGGGAAUGGCUGAGCAACAUCACAUGGCUUGUGGAAAGAGGAAAACAUCAGCAGCGCGGAAGGACAGGGACUUCUUUGAGGGUUUGUACAACUUCAGUUCUUACGUGGCUUACGUGGCAUUCAAACAGAAAAACCUCAAGGAGAUCCAGCAAGAAGUUGGGCGCCUGCUCCGUACGAACAUAUUCAAUUCUGCUCUGAGAGAGAAAGCCCGAGCCCAGCACAUGAUAAAAACAGAUGUUACCAAGGAGCUGGAGAAGACCACUUUCCCCUAUCGCAAGAGCACGGGUGUCAAGCAACCAGCCAUAAGGAGUGUCUUGGACCAGCGCUCGCCGGUGCUGAGCACCUUGCUGCCCAUGGCAAAAGACAGCGCUCAGUAUCUUUUCCAAGACCAUUACCUUCAUCCCAGCAAAACUGCCCGCAGCUCGCAGCUCGAUGACCUGCCAGAAAUGUCUUCUGUCGUGUCAGAGUCCAAGAUCGGUAUCAUUGGAGCUCCACGCAACAAGUUUAGCCCUGACACGCUUCUGCCCAUGGGGACAGAGGAGGAGGAAGAUGAGGAGGAAGUGGAGGAUCAAGAUAACCUCAGGACCAGCUCUGACUCACUCUUUGCCCAGGAGCUGCUCUCCAGCUUCAGGGAUGCCCAAGGCAGCGCCAUCUAUUCCUGCGAAGCUAUUUCGAGGGCUACCACUGAAGGAGACUAUGUUGAGAAUCCCCAGUAGGGUUUGGCUAGCAUUACGGCUAAGUUUUCCACACGCUACACACUUUUCGGAAGUUGUAGAUGGUCGGAUUUUAAUCCCCUGUUCAAGAAUGAAGGAAAGUUUAGCAAGCCCAACAGCUAAAUAAAUCUAAGUGAUCAUAAGAACAGAUUUCUGUUGCUAACCUGUACUGCCGUUAUGCCUGUCAACUUUCCUUAGCUUCUAACCCUAGACAGAGAAUCCUGGGAAUUGUAGUUUGUGUUGUAUGUGCUGAAAAGAGACUCCCCCCGGCGUCCCUCACAGAAUUUCCGUUCCUAGAGUUCCCUUGGGAGAGUGAAGUGCUGUUAAUAUAAUUUAAAUCUGCAGUA